UACAUUUACGUUCACGUUCUAAUGGUUAAUUUUUAUUGGACAGUAAUCCAAAUCUAACGGAAAUAAUUGUUUAUUUUCUUUAUUGGUUAAUAAAAAACCACGUGAUCUAUUAUAAAUAAAAAUUAAAUAGAGAAAUUGAUAAAAAAAAUGCUAGAAUAUGGACGAGGCGAGUGAAAUAAAUGAAGAAAAUAUAAAUAAAAAAACUAAUAAAUUAAAAAUAAAUUCGGAUUAUAUAUUGAAAAAAACAACUCCUCCAUCUUUUCCUAGAAGAAAAAAAGAUAUUUAUGUGUCAAAUAAAUCGAGCAUUGAGGCACAAAUUAAAAAAUGUGAAAAAUUAUUUGAUUCUGGAGAAACGGAAUUAGUCAUUCAUGGUCUUGGUGCUGCUCAAUAUAGAGCUUAUGAAUUAGCAUUAAAGUUACAAUCUAUUCAUCAAGGUACCCUGGGUCUAGAUGUUCGUACUGGCACAGUCCAAUUAACUGAUAAUCUUGAACCAUUGACAGAUGAAGGAGACUACAAAUUAAAUAGUCGAUUUAAUUCAUCAACGCACAUUAGAGUAUUUAGAACAGUACUUGUAGGUCCUUUUAAAUAUUCUAGUUAAGUACUAAGUAAAUUCCUCGUU